CGAGAGUGUAAGGAAGGUGUCACGCGCUGGGAAGGAGCCUGCUUCUUUGACUGGAGUUGUCCUUCUUGUUUUCCUAUCCGGAUAUAGGGGUCUCUACAUUACUUCCGGAAUUAUUUUUCACGCUACGUCUGUUGACUGGCUUCAAGAUGCCGCCCAAAGGGAAACAAGGGACAAAAGGACAGAAGCAAAUUGAUGAGGAAAAUAAACAAUCACUGAAGUUUUAUCUUAUCAUUAUUGGAGGUGUAAAUGUCUUUUAUGUACUUGUCCAGUUUCUGUUUUUCUGGGACCAGUUUACAACAGGACCGAUUGUGAUGUUUUUACUAGCACUUGGUAUUCAUUUUGCAAGUUACCAGUUUAUGGGGUCAAUAGCUUCCCGCAAUCUGGACCUCAACAUGGAAUCCGGCAUGGCAGAGCAUUCUAAGGACCUGCUGAUUCUCACUGCUAUAGUACAGACACUGUCUCUUAUAUCAAACUAUUUCUGGAUUUUUUGGUUGUUGGCUCCUGGACGAGCAUUCUACAUGUUGUGGGUAAAUAUUUUGUCACCCUGGUUUUUCGAGGCCCCUCCAGAAGUUGAUGAGAAGAAACAGAAAAAGAUGGAGAGAAAAAUGAAGAGACACCAUUGAUGACAAUGCCAGCAUAAUUGUAUUUAUACCAUUCCCUUGUCAUAUGUUCCCCCACUCAUUAUCAUCUUCCCAAGGCAAGGGAGCUAACUCACUAUGAAAGUCCAUUUUCCACCCUUGCCAGACUAGGCUGGAAUUAUGGAGUUACCUUUUUCCAGCAAUACCCUCACAGGGGACACCAGAAAUGGGCUUCACACAUUGUACCCAUGUCAGGAUUUGAACCCGGGCCUUAGACAUGACGAGCGAACGCUUUAACCACUGGGCUACCCGACCAUUUUAUUAGAAGAUAGAUCUUGUUUAUCGAUCAGAUCAUCCUUACUGGGCACAGCUAUUUUGUUUGAAGCAAGUGCAAGUGAUAUGAGAGGUGGAAUCUGAUUGGGCAAUAGGUGUGAAUAGAAGAGACAUAACUCGUAAUGGUCACUGGUGGCGCUACGAUGGAGCCCAGGAGUUCCAGCCUAGUUCAGCAAGGGUGGAAACUGGAUUUUUACAGUCUGUUAACUCCCUUGCCUCAGGAAGAUGCUCAUAAUUCACAAUCUGCUCUUGUACAUUGUCAGAUAAUCCGUUUGCAUUUUAAUUAAAUGUUAUGAAUAAAUGAUUUGAAAUGAG